AUGGAUGUACCAGAGGGGAAUGGAAACCCUUUGGGCAAUGGACUCGGUCGAGCUAGGCAAACUCGACCGAUUGGUCAAGGAGAUGCUCCAAACCGCCACCAACAGAGACAAGGGAUUGUUCCACCACCAGUGCAGAACCACAACUUUGAGAUCAAGCUGGGAAUGAUCAACCUUGUCCAGAACAAGAUGUUCCAUGGAUUGCCAAGUGAAGACCCCAUUGACCACCUUGAUGAGUUUGAUAGGCUUUGUGAUUUGACAAAGAUCAAUGGUGUCUCUGAAGAUGCCAUCAAGCUGAGACUCUUUCCUAUGUCUCUAGCUGACAAAGCUCACCAAUGGGAGAAGAGCUUGCCCCAUGGCACAAUCACCACUUGGGAUGAAUGCAAGAAGGCCUUUCUUGCUAAGUUUUUCUCCACCGGUCGCACAGCCAAGCUUAGAGGAGAGAUAUCCAGCUUCAUCCAGCGAAACAAUGAGACAUUCGCAGAGGCUUGGGAGAGGUAUAGGGAGAUGCUAGACACAGCUAGCAAUGGGAACUUCCUCAACCAGGAUGUAGAUGAUGGCUGGCAACUUGUGGAGAACAUAGCUAACUCAAAUGGAAGCUAUGGAGAAGAGUAUGAUCGCACCAACCGGAGCUCGACCCACCACUCGAUCGAGUCAGACGAAAAGUUGAGAAAAGAUGUUAAGGCAUUGAAUGAGAAGUUGGAUAAGCUGAUCCUAGCUCAGUCCACAAUGAAGAAAGUCAACUUUGUGUCUGCUGAGGAGAUGGAACCAGUCCAAGAAGGGGAGGAUACACAAUUUGCUGAGGUGUGCUACAUGAGCAAUGGGCAAGGAGGUUACAACAAAGGAUACUAUAAUUACAAGUCCAACCCUGCCAUGUCAUACCGCAACACUGAUGUUGCUAACCCUCAGGACCAAGUAUAUCCUCAACAACAAGCAGCUCGAUCGAGUCAGGUGCCACAACAUGGGUAUGGUCAAAAGAACAAUUACCAAGGACCACAAGGCACUUUCCCUGGACAACAAAUGAAUAUCCCACCAGGCUUCCCCCACCAACCGCCCCAGCCUGCACCUUCACAAGAGAAUGAGCUCAAGGCAAUGCUAAAGCAACUACUUCAAGGGCAAGCUGAUGGGGUAGUGGACACAAGCAAGAAGCUAGCUGAAAUAAACUCUAAGAUCGAGAACCUCAACACAAGGGUUUACUCUCUGGAGAAUCAUGCUUCUUCUGUUGCUGCUGCUACAAAGCAAGGACAACUACCUGGUAAAGCUAUUCAGAACCCCAAGGAACAGUGCAAGGUCAUCUUCACUCAAGAAGGACUUGUUGAAGAAGAGGAUCAAGAAAGGGUCAUUGAAGAUUUUUGUUUACUGCUGAAUGAUGAAGAGAUUGUUGCUGCUGAGGCUCCUGGAGUCCAGAUUGAUCAACCAGAAGUGCAGGCACCUACUGUGGCCAUUCACACUUCACCAGUUGAGCUCGCACAACAAGCUCGAUCGGCAGCUCGAUCGAGUCCAACUCUAGCUCGAUCGAGUCCGACCUCUUCUGUCCGACAGCCUGUUUUGCUUGAUCCUUACCAACCGGUUGCCGCUUCCUCGUCUCGCCUACUUAGUCAAGGUCACAAGGAAGUGAUUCACAAGUUCAGAAGAGAUCUCAGUGGGAUUGGAAUUGAGUUGCCUCCUAUGGAUAGCAUGAGUGAGGCAUUUGAUCAAAUGCAAAUGGUCAAGGAUGUUCUAGCCAACAGUGAUAAAGUUUCAGAGGUCCUACAAGAGUCUACUCAUCAGUUCAACCUGCUUACUUCACCCACCUUCCUACCAAAGGUCAAGGAUCAAGGGAAAUUCACUCUCCCUUGCACACUUGGGCAUCUUGAGAUUGACAAUGCCUUAGUGGAUUCUGGAGCAAGCAUCAAUCUGAUCUCUCUCUCCAUGGCAGAGAAGCUAGGCAUUGCUGGAGCCUUGCAGCGCCCUACUACUUCAAUCAUGUUUGGAGAUGCAACUUCUAAGUCUCCUCUUGGAGUGUUCAAGAACUAUCACUUGAAAAUUGGAGAAUGCAUCAUCCAAACUGAUCUCACUGUGAUGGAAAUGGAAGAAGAGAAGGAUUACCUCUGUUAUUGGGAACCCCUUUCCUUACCUAGAGGUUCAGACUUUUGUGCCACAAUUGACAGUACCACUCUCAGUUCUAAGAGUCAUGGAGCUACAAAGGUUGUGAAGGAAAGGGUUGACAAAGAACCAAGAGUUGGGAAGGAUAAGGAUGAGAGAGGACCAAGGAUUGAGAAGCCACGUCUUGAGAGGGCUAGAGUUGAGAAACCACGUUCUGAUAGGCCACGAGCUGAGACUUGUUCAAGCCCCUUGUGUGCUUGA